AUGGAAUCCAGAAAUGAACUCCGUCCCUUGGAUGAUACCAAAGCAGACCACGAGCAACAUAACGAUACACUGUCUCAGUAUGCACCGAACAAGGACUCCAUGAAAAGAAAGGCUUCAAUAAACGCCGGCGAACUCUCCCCAAAACGAACGAAACAUGACGAAUAUUUUCGCGAAGCUCCAAGCGAACCACGGAAGAGGAACUCAUCUCCAACCCGCCACAAUUCAUAUGGAGACUCUCCAGACGUCGACAUAGAUCGCCGUAAGAACGCGACACAGGAAGAGAAGAGACGCGGGAAGCGGUUAUUUGGGGGUCUUCUCAGCACUCUGAGCCAGACAAGUGGCAGUGUGCAGCAGAAACGCCGUUUGGAGAUAGAACGCAGACAACAAGACCGGUUACAAAAGCAGAACAUUGAGGAAGAUAGGCUGCGUGAGGAGAAGCGACUGCGACUCACUGAGAUUCGGAGAGGCGAACAACUAACGUUCGAUGAGGAGGUUAUGCAUAGCAAGCAUACCAAAAUGCUUGCGAUGGCUUCGUACCUACGCACAAAAUCAAGGCCGCAUAUCUACUAUCUCCCUUGGAAGCUCACUGCAGAACAAGAAGAUACAAUAGACGAUCAGGUCCGGCAAACCAAGCUCACCAUAGAACGCGAAGUUGAAAGUUUGAACGCAAGAAAAGGGCGACAGGCGAAAGGAGGAAGACAACCGAUAGAGACAACAGCGCCGUUAAGGGAGGACUUGGAUCACGACUCCAAAGACACGAAUGGGCCCGAAAAAUCGCCACAUGGUCAAGAGAAGUCGAUUCAGGCGUCUGAUCAUGACCAUCACCACGAUGAGUCGGCAGAUGUAUUGGAGGAAGCUGACGAAGAUAUGGUGAUUUACUGA